AUGGAAAACAUCAUCGGUAUUUUUGGAGAUGGUGUUUAUCCUGGUGUAUUAAGUGUUCACGUGGGUGGACAUGAAUUGGUCAACUUCGACACUACAGUGAAGGGCUUAGAGGAAUUCAAGAAAGCUCUAAAAAUUGAAAUUGAUGCCCUUGAGGAAAGUAGAAGGAAGGACUGGUGCUACGGACACAACGCCUUGUUUGCUCUACAGAGGAAACUGGCUCCAUCGAAUAGCACCUUUUAA